UUUCCGAGGAUGAUGUUUGAGCGAGUGAGACAAGUGAGAGAAGAGGGUGUGUCCGCUAACUGUCCACUAACAUGUCCAAAGCAGCCAGGAAAGUGAUAGAUGAGGCCAGGGAGUCGAGGAAUCCUGAACUUGACCUGCAGGACAAGCAGAUAACGUCAUUGGAGGAAAUACCUGGCCUGUUGUCAUUGGAGCACAUCACUCGCCUCUCUCUACCGCACAACCGCCUGACGAUGAUUCCCCCUGCCAUUGCUAACCUUGUCAAUUUGGAAAUCCUGAACCUCUUCAACAACAUAAUUGAGGAACUCCCCACAUCCAUCUCUUCACUUAACAAGCUGCGCAUCUUAAAUGUGGGGAUGAACCGUUUGGAUGCCCUCCCUCGAGGAUUUGGUUCCUUCCCAGUAUUAGAGGUUUUGGAUUUCACAUACAACAAUAUAUCUGAAGGAGAGUCACUUCCUGGCAACUUCUUCAUGCUGGAAUCCCUGAGAGCCCUCUACAUGGGUGACAAUGACUUUGAGGUGUUAUCUCCUGAGAUCAAGAAUCUAAGAAACUUGCAGAUUUUAAGUCUACGGGAUAAUGAUCUGAUCACCUUGCCACGUGAGAUUGGUGAGCUGACUCGCUUGCGUGAAUUGCAUGUUCAGGGUAAUAGACUGCAAGUCAUCCCACCUGAAAUCGGUCAGUUAGACUUGUUGGGGAGUCGAUGCUGUCUUCGCCUGGAGUGCAAUCCAUGGGUGCCAAUGAUAGCUGACCAGCUGCUCCUUGGACCUUCACAUGUCAUGGACCUUCUUCGCAAUGAUUCUUACAAGUUUGUUUACCAGAGACAUAUCCAGAAUGAGAGUCAAGCACCACCAAAAAAUUUUGAGGCAAAGAAUAGAAAGAUCUCCCGCAAACGUGAAACUGCAUAGUGUGACAAGGAUGACAAAAAAAGUGACCUUAAAUUAAUACUGUAAUUACAGUAAAAUACUUCAGAAUUAUUUUAAUAUGUCUUGCAGUUUGUAUUACUAUAGAUAAUUUUCUAGUCUGUGGUCUUUAUUAAUCCACUAAAAGCUGUGUUCAUUUUUCUUACUGUUAUAGUGCUUCCUCCAAUAAAGCUGUCUAAUUAUGCAGUAAAA